AUGGCCGCGGCCGCAUGUUCCUCCUCCGCCUCCCUCGCCGCUGCAGCGGCAGGCACCAGAGGCUUGCGCGAUGAGAGCGAGUCUCAAGGCUCGUCUGCGCCCACGCCCUUCACGUCCUUCCAUGGCCUCCGCGCGCAGCCCUCUCAUUCGCCGCACACGCUCCGCCCGCGUACUCGACAGCCCGGAGCCCGCGAUCCGCCGGAAUCCGCGCGCGGGCUGUCGGUAAUGGCGAAGCAGCGCGGCACGCAGAGGAUCGCGAAGACGCAACGCGGCACGACCAAUGGUCGUGGCACGAAGCGCGGCACGCAAAUCCUUCCGCGGAAGGGCAGAGCGGAGGAGCUCCCACCAUCGAGGGGAACCGUCAUCUUCCGCCGAAAAGACUCCGCGGAUAGCGCCGCCAGCCGCGGUAGCGCGCAACAGGACGAAGCCGCGGCGCCCCCCCCCCGCCCCGAGGAGCUCCCCGCGUCGCCGGGGCUGUUCUACCCGGUGGUGCGGCUGGCGUCGCUGCUGCUCGGCCCUCCCGGCCCCGACGCGAAGACGGUGUUCGUCUCGGGCGGCGCGGCGGGCCCCACGGCGUCGCGCGUGGUGGCGGAGCUGCUGGCGGCGGGGUUCAAGGUGCGCGCGGGCGUGGAGGAGGCGGAUAAGGACGCGAUGAAGCAGCUGCUGGCGCAACUCAAGCCGCAAAUCAGCGCGGACGACGCCAAGCGACUGACCCUCGUGCAGUACUCCGCGCGCGACGCCGACUUCACCGCGCAGGCGAUGGCGGGCGCGGGCACGGUCGUCGUCACGCUGGGGCGCGCGGAGAACGGCGCGGGCAGCGCGGGGGUGGUCUCCCCGCAGGACGCGCUGGACCUGCUGCGCGCGGCGGAAGCCGCCCGCGCGGCGCAGUACGUGCUGCUGACGGACUUCGCGCAGGGCUCGGGCGCGCGGGACGGUAGCGUCGUCUCCUCCAUGCUCGCGUUCCUGGGAUCCAUUGGGCGGCGCGGCGUGUCAUAUUCGGGGCUGGCGACGGCGCUGGCGGAGAGCGAAAUUUCGUACAGCAUCGUGCGAACGGGGUUCUGCGACGGCGUGCCCGACAGCUUCAUGGCGCGCUCGCAGCUCGUGGUGGGCGCGGAGGGCAGCAUCAACAGCGGCAAGACAUCGCGCGUGCAGGUGGCGCAGCUGGUGGCGGCGCUUCUGAGCGAUCCGGAGAUGGCGCGAGAUAAGGCGUUGGACGUGGUGGCGAGUGAGAGCGCGAAGGCCACCCCCCUGCGAGACAUGCUCAGUCUCGUCCCCCCUGACCCGCGGCGAGCCAACAAGCUGCUGGCAGCAGAGCAGGAACAGGAGGAGGCAGCAGCAGCGGAGGCGAGGGAGGCAGCGAGCAGGGAGGCGGCAGAGAGGGCAGCACAGGCAGAGGCGCUGGCCCAGGCGGCUGAAGAGAAGGCUGCUGCUGAGGCCAUGGCAGCCAAGGCAGCGCGGGAGGCAGCAGAGGCAGCAAAGGCGCAGGUGAAUGCACAGGCAGCAACAGCAACCGUAUCAGACAUGGUGGGCUUUCUCAAGGGCGCAUCCUCCGACCUCCCCACGCCCAAGUCCGUGCUCCCCUCCUUCGCCAGCCUCAUCCCUGAGACAGACGUGUUUGAGAGUUCCCAGUCCCAAGACUCUGCCUCAGACCGCCCUGCUCCCAGUGCUGCUCCUGCUGCCCCUGCUGCCCCUUCGUUUGCCAGCCUUGUCCCGAAAAUCCCUGGCAUCACUCCCUCUUCGGCCGCUGUAGCAGCCUCUGCAGCUGCUGAUUCGCCUGCUGCGCCGUCCCUAGCUGCUGCUGCGGCUGCUGUGACGGGUGUGGUGGCAAGUGCAGCAGGGAUUGUGCGAGGCGGUCAGGGGGGAACGAUGAGAGGAACGGCAGGGGGCGCUGCUGCUGCUGCUGCUGCUUUGGCUGCUGCAGGGUUGGCGUCUAAGCAGAGGAGACCUCUGAAGCAGAGGGAGGGGGGGCAGGGGAAGAGUGGGAGCAAGGCAAUGCAAUCACAAAGACCAGGGGAUAAGAAUACCGAGAAGAAGACAGGGCUUGGGGGGUUGUGGCAGCAGGAAACUGUGUAUGUGGACAGUGCAGAGGCUGGCGAUUUCUGA